AUGGCCGCCAACUAUAGCAAUGUCCGAGCGCCCCACAGACCCCAAACCCAGCACUUCUAUCGCCAAGUCGCCAUUAAAUCGUUUCCAGAGAAGCCAAUUCUGUGCCAAACUAACAUUUAUAACGAACAUCUAUCUAUCUAUCUAUCUAUCUAUCUAUCUAUCUAUCUAUCUAUCACAACUUCUAAUAUUGUUAAUAUUGAAUAUCUAUCUAUCUAUCUAUCUAUCUAUCUAUCUAUCUAUGGAAUAAUCGAAGUCAUAAAAAAAGUAUUUUCUUUCGUUCUUUCUUUCUUUCUUUCUUUCUUUCUAUCUAAUUCAUCCUUUCUUAUUCGCUUAUUCUCUUUCUUUCUUUCCUUCUUAUUUAUUUCUAAUUCUCACUUUUUUCGUCUUCUUUUCUAUAUUUUUCUUUCUAUAUUCUCUUUCUUUCUUUCUUUCUUUCUUUCUUCAUUCCUGACUUUCUUGCAUAUUAUUUCGUUCUUUCUUUGUAUAUUAUUCUUUCUUUCUUUCUUUCUUUCUUUCUUUCUUAUUAUCUCAUUCUUCCUUUCUUAUUCUCUCUUUCUUUUCUUUUUACUCUUUUACUUCUUUUUCUUUGACUUUCAUUUUUUUCUUUUCCUUUUUCUCUUUCUUUUUGCUUUAUUUUUAUUCUUUUUUUUUCUUCUUAAUUCAGAAAAUUUUUUUCACUUUCUUCUUUUGUUUUAUUUCCGUUUCUUUUUCUUCAAAUAUCUUUCCUUUUUCUCUAAGUUAUUAACUUUUGUACUCUUUUUUGUUUUCAUUUCUCCUGUUUUCACUCACUGUAUUUCUUUUUUGUUCUUUCCUAUUUCUCCUUUCAUUUAUUUAACUUAUUUUCAUUUUAUUUCUUCGUUUCUCAUUUUCUUUCUUUCUUUUGAUCUAUUUUCUUUCAUUAUCAUCUUAUUUUUCUUCUUCUUUCUUUUUUCUCCUCCUUCUUUAUUAUUAUUAUUAUUAUUAUUAUUAUUUAUUAUUAUUAUUAUUCCUCAUUUUACCUUCUGUGUUUCUAUGAAGUAUUCCAUUUUUGUCUUCAUUUUCUUUUCCUUCUUUUUCUUCUUUUUCUUUUCAGUUUCAUUCAUUAUGGCACUCCAUCGCCACCACACUCUUUGCAUCUUCCAACAAGCUCCCCACUUCACCCAGAUCACCUACGUUUUCAUUCACCUAUUCCAUUUCUUCUUCUUCUUCUUCUUCUUCUUCUUCUUCUUCUUCUUCUUCUUCUUCUUCUUCUUCUAUUCAAUUUCAUUCAUUAUCACUCCCAUAUCCAACCACACUUUCCCCAUCUUGCAGCAAGACACCCGUACCCUCGCUCCCUAUUACAUUCUUUCAGUUCUUUUCCGCAGCGCAAAAGCGCCCUCUGUUGGUUGCAUUUUCCCGCUCUUUUUCUCAUUCGUGUCCUCUCUUCCCGCGUCUACUUUCUGCCCAAACAUCUCUCCACCCUCUCUUAUCAUUCACUGCCCCUCCCCCUUGUUUUUAAUCCUUCUCCGCACUCUCACCUGA